UUGUUCCCUCGCAUCCAUAAUCAGGAAAUAGGAAAUAGGAAAUAGGAAAAUGCCUGCAACAACAGAGAACAACCAGGGAUCGUUCCUGGGGAGGAUAAGCAUCCGCAGAAACCAGGUGAUGUCGAUGGACGGGACGCACGACCAGGAGCUGGAGGACCUCGAGCUCUUCCAGAAGCACGUGGGGGACCGCUUCUCGGAGCUCCUCUCCUCCAGCGCCGACGCCCCCUCCGCGGAGGCCCUCCUCUCCAUCGGCUGGCUCCGCCGCCUCCUCGACGAGUUCCUAUGCUGCGAGGCAGAGUUCAAGGCCGUCGUCCUCAUGGGCCGAGACCCCUCCCAGCUCGCCAAGCCCCCCCUCGACAAGCUCCUCCCGGACCUCCUCGACCGCGUCGUCAAGUCCCUCGACGUCUGCAAUGCCGUCACCCUCGGCCUCGACGCCCUCAAGAACCUCCAGCGCCUCGCCGAGAUCGCCGUCGCCGCCCUCGACCACUCCCCCCUCGGGGACGGCCAGGUCCGCCGCGCCAAGAAGGCCCUCACCGCCCUCCUGGCCGCCAUGCUCCACGAGGACACCACCGCCAAGGCCACCGAGCGCAACCGCUCCUUCGGCCGCCGCAACACCAACAGCAACAGCAACAGCAACAGCAACAGCGGCAAGGACCGCGGCGCCCGCUCCCUCUCCUGGAGCAUGGCCCGCAACUGGUCGGCCUCGAAGCAAAUCCACGCCAUGCUCUCCAACCUGGCGGCGCCACGUGGCAACGAGUCGUCGGGCCUGGCUCAGCCGGUGUACGUGAUGGGGAGCGUUCUGGUGUUCGUGAUGUGGGCCCUGGUGGCGGCGGUUCCCUGCCAGGAGAGGAGUGGGCUGGCGACCCACUUCCCGCUGCCUCGGCAGGUGGGGUGGGCCCAGCCCAUGGUGUCGGUCCAGGAGAAGAUCGCGGAGGAGUGGAAGAAGAAGGAGAAGAAGGGUAGCGUUGGGUUGCUGGAGGAGAUGCAACGGAUGGAAAAGAUUGGGCAGUCCCUCAUCGAGUUCGCUGAGUCCUUUCAGUUUCCCGCUGAAACGGAGCGUUUAGAAGAGGUGAAGAAGCAAGUGGAGGAACUCGCCGAUAUCUGUAGAAAAAUGGAUCAAGGCUUGGAACCCUUGCAGCAGCAGAUUCGGGAAGUCUUUCACAGGGUCGUCAGGAGCAGGACCGAGUUUCUUGUUGUUUUGGACCAAGCUGGCAAAUUGUCCACACCCGCUCUCUAGACUCUACACUCUACACUCUACACUCUACACCAACACAAUCCAUUUCCUUUUUCCCUUUUUUUCCUUUCUUUCUCCCAUAUAGAUCAUUCAUUCUCCAUCUUAUUCUUCUUCUUACUUUUCCAAUGUACAUCCAUUCUAGGUGAAACGUGUUUUCAAUGCUGGCGAUGAUCAUGCACACAUUCACUAUUUUACCUUACGAAUUGCAUAAUCAAGUUUAUUGCAAAAAUUUAUCAUUCUUCUUGGAAUC